GUGGGAUUCCUCGCAGGUUAGUGUGUGCAUGGACCAUCGGCACGACCGCCACCUCCAGGACCGGGCACCAACCACUGCGCAGCCGCUAACUCACAGUAAUGGGGAACGCGGAGUCAUCCGGAGCGUGCUGCGUACCACGGUCUUCAGAGAUGGUGGUCGAUCACCCCGAGUUUGAGAAGGCGGGGAGGGAGCCGGGCCUGCAGGUCUGGAGGAUCGAGAAGUUUGACCUGGUGGCCGUGCCGCAGAAUCAUUACGGGUCCUUCUUCACCGGAGACGCCUACAUCGUCCUGUGCACCAUAAAGCAGCGCUCCGGGAACCUGCAGUACGACCUCCAUUACUGGUUGGGUGAUGCGUGCACUCAGGAUGAGAGCGGAUCUGCCGCCAUCUUUACGGUCCAGAUGGACGAUCACCUUGGAGGAAAACCCAUCCAGAACCGCGAGGUCCAGGGCUACGAGUCGCCAGCUUUCUUGGGCUACUUUAAGUCUGGCAUCAAGUACAAGGCGGGGGGUGUGGCCUCAGGGUUCACUCACGUGGUCCCCAAUGAUGUGUCCAUCGAGCGACUGCUGCAGGUGAAGGGGCGCCGCAUGGCUCGUGCCACCGAGGUGCCAGUGUCCUGGGGGAGCUUCAACCAGGGAGACUGCUUCAUCCUGGACCUGGGAGACGAAAUCUACCAGUGGUGCGGAUCAAAGGCAAAUCGUUUUGAGAAGCUUAAAGCCACCGCCGUCGCCAAAGACAUCCGUGAUAAUGAGCGACACGGCCGUGCCAGAGUGUACGUGGUGGAGGAGGGGACGGAGCGCGAGAAGAUGAUUCAGGUUCUGGGGGAGAAGCCGGAUUUACCAGAGGGAACGCCCGAUGACGUUAAAGCAGAUGCCACCAACAGGAAGCUGGCCAAGCUGUACAAGGUGUCUAAUGGCGGCGGCCCAAUGUCCGUUUCUCUGGUCGCAGAUGAAAACCCAUUCACCCAGUCUGCCCUGAACUCCGACGACUGCUUCAUCCUGGACCACGGAUCUGACGGAAAGAUCUUCGUCUGGAAAGGUAAGAGUGCCAACGUAGAGGAGAGGAAGAUGGCCCUAAAAACCGCCACAGAGUUCAUUUCCAAAAUGGGAUAUCCUAAGCAGACGCAGGUACAAGUCCUCCCGGAGUCUGGCGAGACGCCGCUCUUCAAACAAUUCUUCAAGAACUGGCGAGACAAGGAGCAGACGGACGGGAUGGGCAUCGCGCAUGUUUCCAACCACAUCGCCAAGAUCGAGAACGUUCCGUUUGACGUCAGCUCUCUGCACGAGUCCCCGGCCAUGGCCGCACAGCACGGGAUGGUGGACGAUGGGCAUGGCGAGAAGCAGAUUUGGCGCGUCGAGUCCUCGGAGAAGGUCCCGGUGCUGGAGUCGCUGUACGGUCAGUUCUGUGGAGGCGACAGUUACAUCAUUCUCUACAACUACAGCCACGGUGGAAAGAAAGGACAGAUCAUCUACACCUGGCAAGGAUUGGAUUCAUCUAAGGACGAGAUAACUGCCUCCGCCUUCCUGAGCGCCCAGCUGGACGAGGAGCUAGGGGGCGGCCCGGUGCAGGCGCUGAGAAGCCAGGUCCGCGUGGUGCAGGGGAAGGAGCCCGCUCAUUUGCUCAGCCUGUUUGGUGGAAAGCCUCUGAUUGUCUACAAAGGGGGGACGUCCCGACAGGGGGGGCAGACCCCGGCCGCUGAGAUCCGUCUCUUCCAAGUGCGGGCGUCGUCUUCUGGCUUCUCCAGAGCCGUGGAGGUGGAACCCUCAGCUGCUAAUCUGAACUCCAAUGACGCCUUUGUCCUGAAGACGUCCGCCACCGCCUACCUGUGGGUGGGACAAGGCGCCAGCGACCCAGAGAAAAGCGGAGCCCGGGAAUUGUUGGACGUACUCGGAGUCUCCGGAUCAGAAAUCGCGGAAGGAAGGGAAACCGAUGACUUUUGGGGAGCACUGGGAGGGAAGGCUCCGUACCGCACCUCCUCCCGGCUGAAGGACAAGCUGGACGCCCACCCCCCGCGUCUGUUCGCCUGCUCCAACAAGAUCGGCAGAUUUACUAUUGAGGAGGUUCCCGGGGAGAUCACUCAGGACGAUUUGGCCACCGAUGACGUCAUGAUCCUGGACACCUGGGAUCAGGUCUUUGUCUGGAUUGGAAAUGAAGCUCAAGAGGAAGAGAAGAAGGAAGCGCAGUCGUCGGCUUCUAAGUACAUUGAGUCGGACCCCUCCAGCAGGGACAAGCGGACCCCCAUUGCGGUUAUUAAACAGGGAUUUGAGCCCCCCACCUUCACCGGCUGGUUCUUGGGCUGGGACUGCGACUUCUGGGCAGUGGACCCCCUGGAGAAGGCGCUGGCGGAGCUGAACAUGUGAUGCGUAACGUGCGGUCAGCGACUAAUGUGCCUUCACUGCCUAUGAGGACCCCCCCCAGAGACUGUAGAGGCCCCUCUAGCUGUGCAAUAACCACACCCUUCUGGUGAAGCCCCCAGUAAUUCAUGAUGUGUGAAAGUAAUAAAGCUUCGAUUGGAACCAAC